AUGGCAAAAAUUCCCUAUCCCUUGACUCGAAGGAAAAAAAAUGGUGUGGGCAUGGUCAUCGCGGACGCGUCCGCUUCUUCUGGUGGUGUGCACGCUGCUCGCUUGGGCGACUCUGCUCAUGCUAUGGCGGAGGACCAGUUCCAAAAAGUCUUUGCCAUUGGCUUCCCUCAACGCACUGACAAGCGUGAUGCCAUGAUCUUGGCCUCGUCCUUGACCGACUUCGUAAUCGACUGGAUUGACGCGGUCAGUCCGGAUGACAUAUGGAAUAGUUCCUACCCAGCAACCUGGGACCGAAAUAUCCAUCUUCCAGGCGAGCUGGGAUGUUGGCGUGCUCACAUGAAUGCAAUGCAAAAAAUCGUAGCGGAGCGCAUCUCCACCGCGCUCAUCCUAGAGGAUGAUUCCGACUGGGACGUGAUGCUAAAGUCCCAACUCGUCGAGUUCGCGCGCGGAGCUCGCCUGCUGCAGAACAGCAGCAGCAGCCAUGAGCAUCCAUCCUCUCCGUACGGCGACAGCUGGGACAUUCUCUGGCUGGGCCACUGCGGCGCCACGCCUCGUCGGGAUCGCCGUCGCUUCUACGUGAUCUCAGACGAUCCCACCGUCCGGCCGGCCGGACGCAAAGCCGAGUUCGGCGAACCCGACAUGACGCCGUGGAAAGAGCACGCAAACACGACGCGCCUGGUAUACGAGGCCAACGACGCCGUGUGCCUGAACGGAUACGCGGUGACGUACAACGGGGCGCGGAGAGCCAUGGCGUCCAUGUCCCUGGCGCCCCUGAAUCAGCCCGUGGAUCUGGGGUUCAGCGAUCUGUGUCGACGCAACGCUUUCCCGGACUUCACCUGCAUCGCGCCGCAUCCGCGAUUGAUCUCCUUCUCGUUGCCGACGGAUCCGAACAUCCGCAAGGCGUCCGACAUUCACAAGGAUGACAGUGAGUGGCAUGAAGGCGCGUCCAACGGCAUCGUGUACAGUGCGCUGCAGAAUGUCCUGCCCCGGCUGGCCGGGGCGACGACGGCAAAGGCGCAAUACGAGGAAUGUCCUAGGCAAUUCAUCAGCCUCAAUACGACUGACGUAGGAAGAGGGAGGCUGGAAGUGAUUGAUUGGGAGGAGCGAGCAAGCGAGCGAAGAGAAAAUGGCUAUUGA